GAGUCUCUGCGUUCUCCUCUGACCAAGUCAAAACCCCAUCGAGCCACACAACCCCAAAACGGCGUCGUCGUAUUCCUGCCAAGCCUUUCGCCAAUAACAGCUGUGUGUGGCUGACGGAGAGAGACGAUGGAACCACCCUCUUCAGACUGUAGAGGUGCAGAAGCAGUACUAAAUCUCCAACCCAGCUCGUCAAUUCCUAUUACAUAUCACCCCCUCUUUGGUCCUCACAAUGAUCUGAUCCUCCUUGAACUUGAUGAGAAACUCCUCCCUGAUAUCCUUCACCAAAGAGUGACUGUUAGAGGACAGCCUGAUGAAGAUGCAGUCAUCUGCACGGAAUCAAAGACUUACGCAAUCAAGUCUGUUGGAACUUCGAAUUCUGUUUUCCUCAUACCCCCAUCUUGUCAAUUUAAUUCUUUUGAAGAACCAAAAUGUUUUAAUGAGAAUUAUCAUGACCGGCAAUCUGCUGCAUCUGUCCUUAAGAUUGCACCCGGUACCAUGGAGCUUGUUGAAAUUGCUCCAAGACUUGACAAGCUCAGGUUGCUACUUUCUGAGAAUCCUUACAAGACUGAGGAGGACACUGAAAUGGAAGAACUGGGGGGCAUGGAAAGAGAGAAUGUAGGACUGUAUAGAUGGGAAGAUCUUAUUGAGAAGAUUCAAGCAAGUAACGAGGAGUUAAGGAAUGCGUUAGAGGCUCUUUCAGCUGUGGAGAUUGAUGGGUACUGGAGAAUUGUGGAUGAAAGGUACAUGGAUACGAUGCUAAGGAUACUUUUGCACAAUGCAGUGUUGAAUGACUGGUCAUUUGCCUCACUUAAUCAAGAUGAGGUUGUUAAUGUGCUGGUAUCAGAUGGCUUUCCUCGCAAACUUGCAAAUCAUUGCCUGCAUGCCUUUGGUAGUAAGGUGGAUAAAGGUGUGGGCACAAGUAAUACAUGGAAGUUGGAUGAGAGGAAAGUGUGUGUGCACUUUGCAAUAGAAAUCUUGAGAGACGGGAAGAGGAAAAUGGAGAGUUUCAUGGAGGAGUGGAUGCGAAAAAGUCCUGAAGGGAUGCAAGCAAGUUUUGACAUGUUGGAAGGUGAAGUUUUGACCGAGAAGAUUGGCAUUGAGACAUGGAUCCGUGCCUUCCGUGUUUCAUCACUGCCGGGCAAUCCUGCAGAGCGUUUCUCCAUCCUGUUUAAAGAGCGUCCGAAAUGGGAGUUGAAGGAUCUACAGCCCUUCAUCAGGGACUUGAAUGUGCCCGGUCUUUCUGCAGAAGGUUUGCUUCUUAAGUACACGAGAAGAUUACAACCAACUAUGGACACAGAACCAGUUUUCAGCUCAAGAUAGUGUUGGUAUAUGUUUAUUGGCAUUUCUCUGGUAAUCUUCAAUCUACCAAGGCUAAUAUACAAGGACUCUUGUGAAGCAGCCCUUAGAGAUUUAGAAUCAUAAUGUCAUAUUAGUGAAUCCGAUACUGUGCGUUGGCUAAAGGGAAUAGCUAAGAUCCAAUAUGUUGAAAUAUUAAAUUACUUCCUGUUUUAGUUGUAAUUGUAUUUUAGAUUAUGUGGACAUGUGUAGUUUGAUCAAAUGCCACAGUAUGGAUGAGAUUGCACCUUGGUUUUUGCAUUAGGUUUACAUCCUUUAGCCACAAGAUAUUGA